AUGGGGUCAAACUCCUUAGACAUCCGCGCGAUAAUGGAUGCACAAGGAGUUAGGGGAAAAUUGGUCACUCCGAUGGCAAAAGAUGGGUUGACUGAUUUUAUGCAGUCGAUCAUUAUCAAAGAAGCCAAAGAAGAACCCUUCUACGUUCUUGAUUUAGGUGUUGUCAUGUCUCUAAUGGAGAAGUGGGUCCAAUGCCUUCCCAUGGUCCAACCCUUUUACGCCGUCAAAUGCAAUCCCGAACCUGCUUUAGUCGGAGCGAUGGGGGCUCUUGGAGCUUCUUUCGAUUGUGCUAGUCGGGCUGAGAUUGAGUCCGUUUUGUCACUCGGGAUCUCCCCGAAGAGGAUCGCUUACGCGAAUCCUUGCAAAGCAGAGUCUCAUAUCAGGUACGCUGCGAGUGUUGGUGUCGAUUUGACCACAUUUGACUCCUUGGACGAAGUUGAGAAGAUCCGAAAAUGGCACCCGAAUACUGCUCUGUUGUUACGGGUCAAAGCUCCGGAUGAUGAAGGAGCCCGGUGCCCCUUAGGCGCCAAGUAUGGCGCUCUGGACGAAGAAGUCGACCCACUCCUCCAAGCCGCACACGACGCGGGACUUACAGUCGCUGGCGUUUCCUUCCACAUUGGAAGCGGAGCCACAGAGUCGCGGCCUUUUAGGGUAGCCAUUAAGGUGGCUAAAUCGGCUUUUGAAACCGCAACUCGGCUCGGUUUGCCUAAAAUGCAUGUUCUGAACAUCGGCGGUGGUUUCACGACUGAAACAUUCGAUGAAGCGGCUCUAACAAUAAAAACCUCUCUCAUAGAUUAUUUCUCCGAUGUGCAGGACCUGACCGUGAUUGCAGAGCCGGGAAGGUUUUUCACCGAAUCGGCUUUCACGCUGGCCACCAGCAUUAUCGGAAAGCGGAUUCGGGGCGGGUUGAGAGAGUAUUUUAUCAACGACGGGAUCUACGGGUCCAUGAACUGUAUCUUAUAUGAUCACGCGACUGUCACUUGCACCCCUUUGGCGGCGGCGUCGAAUCGGGAGAAUCCAAAAUGCGAGGAAGAGAAAACGUAUGAUUCCACGGUUUUUGGACCCACGUGCGAUGCACUUGACACAAUCUUGACCGGUUACCUCCUACCGGAACUGGAGGUGAACGACUGGCUUGUGUUCCCCAACAUGGGUGCGUACACGGCGGCUGCUGGUUCCAGCUUCAAUGGGUUUGAUUCUUCAACAAUUUUGACCUACCUUGCCUACUCACCGUACUAA